AUAAUAUUAGUUUUAAUUAAGAAAAAGAUAAAAUUGACUAAUAAAGAUAAUAUUAGUGAAAAUGAAACUAAUAUUAGUCAAGAAAAUAAAGAAAAUGAUAUAGAAACAGAUGAUAAACCAAAUUUUAGCCAAAAAUAUAAAAUACCAGAAGAUAAAUCAAUAUCUACUUUAAAAAAACAUUUUGAAAAAAAAUAUAAAAAUACAAUUACAACUAAAAAAAUUAUAAGAAUAAUUGAUAAAUUUAUUAAAAAAGAAAAAUUGAUAUUUACACAAGAAAAUUGUUAUAAUGAUUUAAUUAAUUGGAUUAUUUCUGAUAAUCAAUCUUUUAUUGUUGUAGAAAACAAUUUUUUUCAAACUAUGAUUAAAAGGCUUAAUAAUAUAGUAAAAAUUCCUUCAACAAAUACUAUUUCUAACAAAAUUGUUAAACUUUAUAAUGAUAAACAAAUUAAUUUACAAAAAAAAUUACAAGAAAUACUAGGCAAAAUUUCAUAUAUUCUUGAUACUUGGACUUCUAAAAACCAAAAAUCUUUUAUUGGAAUAACAGCAUAUUAG